AUGUCAAACCCCGACGCCACGCAGCCGGACGACAACCCGUCGACGUCCACCGAGCUCAACCCGCACAAGGAGCUGCUGGCCGAGGCCGCGGCCGCGCUGCGCGCGGAGACGGAGCAGCGCGAGUCGCGCCGCCCGAAGAACGUCGGCCAGGGCACGAUGGGGCUGGUGGGCGACUCGCUGGGCGGCGUGGCCCUGGGCGCGGCCGCCAUCGUCAUGGGCCCCGUGCAUGGAUACAAGACCGCCGGACCCAAGGGUAUCCUCGGCGGCGCCCUGGGCGGGCUCGCCAUGGGCGUCGCCGCCACCACCGUCGGCGUCGGCUCCGGCAUUGCAAAGUUCGCCCAGGGGACGGAGCGCACCCUGGAUAGCUUCAAUGCGCGCGAGCUGCCGAAGAGAUUGAUCGUUAAGGAAGGCGAGGAUGACGGCGAACUGUACUUUCGCGAACGCCAGCAGCUUUAUGACGACUUGAUUAAGGAGGGAGCCGCGAGUGCUGGCGUUGGCGUGCUGCAGCCGCCGGUGGAGAAUGAGCUUUAUAAGGUCCUGGACGUCAGCGUUGAUGCGACCCCGAACCAGAUAAGGAAGGCGUAUUAUCGCAUGGCCCAGAAGUAUCACCCGGAUAAACAUCCGGAUGAUGUAAGUGCCACACAAAUGUUUCAGCAGAUUAGCGAGGCAUACCAAGUGCUUUCUGACCCUGUCAAACGUGAGGAGUACCACCGCGUGGGCGCCGCCGCCGCCUCUGACGGUCCGAUGAUGGACCCCAAGGCCCUGUUUGCCCUCAUGUUUUCCGACUUUGAGCACAUCGUGGGCGACCUGGCGACGGCCACCAUCCUGUCCACGAUGCCGCCGGAGCCGACGGAAGCGAGCGCGACGAACCCCGACGAACCGGCCGCUACCCCCGCCGAGCCGGCCGCUGCCCAAGCCGAGCCCUCGCACAUAUCGCAGGCCCGCCUGGAGAAGAAGAAGGAGUUCCAAGAUGCCCGCGAGGCGCACCUGGUCAGCCUGCUCGAGCGUCGCCUCGAGCCGUGGAUGAACGAUAACGACAAGGCCUUUGUUGAGCACGCGAAGCGCGAAGUCCGCGCCAUGCGCGCACAGCCAUUCGGGAAGGACCUUUUGAAGACUGCGGCCUAUGUGUACAAGCGACAAGCCGCUAAGGUCCUAGAGACGGGGCCGCUCAGGGGCGUCUAUGGCAUGCUGGACAGUCUCGGCGAUAAGGCGCAUACACUGAAAAGCCAAUUCCGAGCCCUAGAAGGCGGCGUCAAGGCCUUGACAGCAUCGCAAACCACUACGGAGAAUGAGUCCAUCGAUGAGGCCGCGAGGAGAGAGGCCGUGAGCACCCUAGGGGCUGUGUGGCUUGCGUCUGUCAUUGACAUCGAGUUAACGUUGAAACAUGUCGUUAAGACUGUCCUGCGUCAUGACAAGGAUCACAAGCCACCGAAGAAGGUGCUGAAAAAGGCGGAGGGGGUAUUGAUCCUCUCGCAGAUUUUCGCGCAAGCCUGAAAGCCCGGCCGUGGUUUUUUUAUUGUAUCAUUACCUUUUGUGUUGCGUGAGAGGAGAUCUUCUUGAUGUGAUUUGCGACUCGGACGAGUCAUGCCGGUUUCCUGUAUGUGAACAUAAACUAAACUAGUGCUAAUAGUGGAAACGUCACGUUAUGCUUACGAAAUGGGUCGUCUUUGUCUCAUCUGCAUGAUCGACGCCGCAUGGAACGCAUCAUUGCUUCAGAAUGAGAGCUGCUUGUUUCAAGCGUUAUGGCGGUGCACACGCGCAAAUAGCUGUCUGAAACUCGUAUUAUCAAGAAGGACGUAAGACUACUUCCAUGCACGAAGCCGCUUCUGCUUGCACUUACCUUCAGCGUGAUCUCACUGACCUGCACACUUUGAGCAGCCUUCGAAGACGAAUGUAUCCUCUCGGCUCCAAUGUCGACGCUCGAACAUGAAUGCAUGGUUUCUUACGCUUGUCCAGAACAAACAUGGACCCAUCUUUAUGCAAGGAAAUCCCAUUUUUGGAGGGAGCGGGACGGGCUGUGCUAAUGCUGUUAGGAAGUUGCUUCUGUUUCCCCUGCAUG